UACAAGUGUUAUUUAUCAGAUUAAUCAUUAAUUCGUUGACUUAAGAUAAGUUUGUGAAUGUCAGAGUGCAGUGAGGACGGCGUGUAAGGAUGUACCAGCUGGGGGGUAGAAAUUUCCCUAUUAAACCUCUAAUGCUGUUGAUCCAUGUGCUCCUGAUACUACUAUAAGCAACCAGCUCCUGGAGCGGCAAGCACAGUACGAGCAUCUCAAAUGCUGACUCUAUGUAUUGUUCUCUGCUGGAAGAUAACAGACUGAAAAUGUAACUGAGAAUGCUGUACUUCUGUCCCACGUGUGCAAAUCUACUGAUUGUGGAGGAGGGGUCAGAGGGCAUGCGCUUCUCUUGUGUUACCUGUCCAUAUGUAUUCCCAGUCAAGAGAUGUGUGUCAUACAGGAUGUACCCAAAGCUAAAGGCGCUUGACGAUGUUCUCGGAGGCUCUGCUGCUUGGAAAAACGUCGACUCCACAGAUGAACCUUGUCCAAAGUGUUCUCACCCCAGAGCUUACUUCAUGCAGGUGCAAACUAGAUCAGCUGAUGAACCUAUGACUCUGUUCUACAAAUGCUGCUCUCCAACCUGUGGUCACCGCUGGAAGGAAUAA